AUGAAAAUACUCAAUAUAGCAGAAAAACCAUCGGUAGCAAAAUCGAUAACACGCACAAUAGUGAACACCUCCUCAACGGGGCAUACCAAGUACAAAUACACGCCCGUACACAAGUUCGUAUACAACUCCGAUGCUCAUGUUUUUACGAGCGUUCUGGGCCAUCUGUACACACAAGAAUUUACUGAGAACAGAAAAUGGACGGAAUGCGAUCCAAUAGCACUUUUUACAACGAAUAUCACAGAGUAUAUCAAGGAUGAGUUCAGAGCACUCAAGGAAAAUCUGCAGCAUUUGUCGGCGAGUGCAGACAAGGUCGUUAUAUGGACGGAUUGUGACAGAGAGGGAGAAUACAUCGCAUUGGAGAUUCAGAAAUUGCUGGGUAGACAGUGCUGGAGGGCGAGAUUUUCAGCUAUAACCCGUGACGAAAUUAUCAGAGCGAUGGAAAGCUAUCGCGAAAUCGACACAAAACAGUGCGACAGUGUAGCUGCACGAAUGGAGCUGGACCUGCGCAUCGGUGCAUCCUUUACACGUCUUCAAACACUGAAUCUUGCAGCUGACAAGAACGUAAUUUCGUACGGUUCAUGCCAAAUCCCCACACUUGGUUUCGUGGUGGAGCGUGCACUUGAGCGCAAAGACUUUGUUGCCGAAAAGUUUUUUACGCUCAAAAUUUCUAUCGUAAAAGACAGAAUGGUAAACAUUUUCUCAUGGGUACGGGGCAAUAUCUUUGACAAGAACUGCGUUCUUUAUUUUUUUAGGUACCUGACCGAUGAAACAUCGAAAGCAGUUGUAACGAAUGUUAACAAAGGAAAUGUGACAAGGUUUCGCCCGCUUCCGUUGCGCACAGUGGACAUGCAAAGGGUUCUAAGUAAGUCUAUGCCCAGCCAUAAGGUUAUGCAGGUAGCUGAGGCGUUGUACCAACGUGGUAUUAUAUCGUAUCCGCGUACAGAGACAGACAGCUUUCCAGCAAAUUUUGACUACAACAAGGUCAAAACGGAAAUUUUGAAAGGGAACCGCUAUAAUGUACAGAAUACUACGUUCAAGGGCCCUAGGAAUGGAAGAAACAACGAUUUUGCGCAUUUACCGAUCUAUCCCCUGAAACAUCCAUCAAAUUUGGCUGUUGACGAGAAAAUGGUUUAUAACUUCAUUGCCGAUCGAUUUAUUGCAUCGAUUUCGGAUGACGCUCUUUUAGAGGAACAUGUUGUCCAUUUAAGCAUGAAGGAUGAGAACUUUACAUUAAAAGGAACAAAAAUCGUGAAACACGGGUUUUUGAAAUUUUACCAUCAUGAUCGAGUGAGUGAGAAGAAUAUCGGUGUGUUUAGAGAGGGUGAAAGGUUUGAAAUAUCAAGGAUGGACAGCAUCUAUCCUCUGGGCGAAGAUAGCAGAACCAAACCAGAUAAUGAACACGAUAAUACAUCGGGGAACGCAGACAUGGUUGAUAGGCUGCAAAACAUGUCAAAGUGUGAGCCUCAAUUCAAACAGAAUAGCAUUUUUGUAAAUGAGGGCCUUACCAAACCACCGAACUACCUCACAGAAUCAGAACUUAUAGCGCUAAUGGACAAGAAUGGCAUUGGAACAGAUGCUACCAUCCACGAGCAUAUCAAAAAGAUUCUUGACAGAAAAUAUACAUUCAAAAAGGCAAAAUAUUUCAUACCGACAAAUCUUGGGCAUGGUUUGAUAUGUUGCUAUAAAACGCUAGAUCUAAAUCUUGACAAACCUGACUACAGGAGGGAAUUAGAGAAAAGCUUGAAAGAUAUUGAACUAGGAAAUAUUGACAAGGAAAGCGUUAUUAAUAGAGAGUUGGUGUGUUAUAGAAAAUUUUAUCUGAUAUUGCAGAAUAAUCUAGAUGUUAUGAAAGACAUCUUUAGGACCAGUAGCGGUGAUGACGAUGAUUUCGAUGGAGGUUCCACACCUAAAGAUGGAGUAACUGAUGCAUAUAUCAAAGAUAAUCGAAAAGGAACCAAAUCAAAACUACAAGAUGUUAAAAAAGACUAUAAAUAUAAGACUGGUGAUAUGGAAGAACAGUCACAUAACGUGAAAUUGGAUCAAGAGGAGUUUUCUGAUUACGGAACAAAGUUACGAGGCUCUAGCAAACGAAAUAAUGCUUCAGUCCGUAAGGUACCAACAGCAAAGGAAGAAAACACGAUAAAGAGCCGAAGCGUUUUACAGUCCAUCGUAAAUGACAUGACAUCAAUAAAAAAGAGCAGAAUAGAGAAGAUGAAUAAUCGUGCAGGCACAUAUCUGACUGACGAAGAAAAUGUUUUUUGUGACUGUCGGGAGAAAGCGAAGACAGAUCUCGUGAAAAAAGGCAAAAACAAAGAUAAAGAAUUUUACAGCUGCGCUAAGUUCCCUGAUGGAUGUAACUUUUUUCAAUGGAAGGGUUUGAUGAAGUUGAAGGAUGAGUUUGGACCGAAUGACGUGAAAUGUUUUUGCGGUGCAGGUGUUCGAAAAUUUAUUUCCAAUACGGAGAAAAACAGGGGAAAAGUGUUUUUUAAGUGUAAUAAAAGAUACAGGCCAUGCAAAUUUUUUAUGUGGGAAGAUGAAAUGACCAAUUAA